AUGAAAACAAUUGUUUCUUCAUCAGUAUCACCACCACCCUUCAAUGAGUAUCAUCAUCAUCAUCAUGAUGAGGCAAGGAUGGAAUUUUCCAACAUUUCGGAAAGCAAGAGGAUGAAUAAGAAAAAAGGCUUACUUCAAAUCAUGUAUUCAUUUCUCACUUACAUGUAUGAAUUAAUCAUUACAUUCAUUGUCAGGAUAUUACGGUAUGACCCAAAAACAAAUCGACUUCUUCCGAGGCAUAUUGCCUUCAUUAUGGAUGGAAAUAGACGAUGGGCCCGAGAGAAAAACAUUCCCAUAAAAGAAGGACAUCGGUCCGGAUACAAGAAACUGAAACAGUGUUUGAAUUGGUGUGAAAUGUUAGGAGUCAAGACGGUUACAGUUUAUGCAUUUUCUAUUGAUAAUUUUAAAAGAGAUAAACAUGAAGUGGACAAUAUUAUGGAUUUAAUGGAUCGGAGGUUUAAAGACAUGGUCACAAAAAAGAAAUCAUUCAUUCAUAGAUAUCGAGUCAUUUUGAGAGUUUUGGGAGAUUUUAAAUUAUUUCCAAAAUAUGUACAGGAGAGUGCUCAGAAAGCAAUUGAUUAUUCCAAGCAAGUGAAUAGCAAGUAUGGAGACGAUGCAUUGAUUUUAAAUUUAUGCUGUCCCUACACGUCAACAUUUGAAAUUGAGAAUGCAAUGACAAACUACAUUUCAGAAAAAUUGAAAAAUUCCAAUCAUGUGAAACAGCAGUCACCAUUUGCAUCACCUUUCUCUGAAACACUUGUGAUAUCGCAAUCACCAUCACCAUCAACAACAACUAGUGUUAACACUGCAACGGGCAAUUUUGAAGAUGCAGCCGCUCAGGAUUCGAGUAGUAGUCUUUUGUCCACGAUUCGAGAGGAUUUCCAACUAUUGGACAAAUAUUUUCUAACGAAAAGUGAGCCAGAUAUUGUCAUUCGUACGAGUGGAGAGAUGAGAUUAUCAGAUUUUCUGACUUGGCAAUCUGAGAAAUCCAUGAUUUACAUUUCAAGUCUUUACUGGCCUGAAUUUUCAUUUUGGCAAUUAGUUUCUGUCAUUUUCCAAUACCAACAAUAUAGAUUUAAAAAAGGUUAG